UAACAAUGCGUCUUUCCUUCAUUGUGAUGUUAGCGUGUAUGGUCCCGUGUAGCUGGGUGGGGACGGUGAGGGCGGCUCUAGGACCCAGCAUCAGCGCCUCUCUGUCCCAAUGAUGGUCUGCGGGCAGACGUGCGGGGGGAAACGCUCCGGUUCUGAGGCUGAGGCUGAACUACAGACAGCAUCUCCAGCAUCACCCGGUUCCCAGUCGGCCUCUACCUAGACUCAGCAGUGAAGCAUCAUGGGAGGCGUGGCGCUGGACGUGGAUGCAGGAGGAGUGAAGGCUCCUGACGGAGGCUGGGGCUGGGCGGUGCUGGCCGGCUGCUUCGUCAUCACCGGCUUCUCCUACGCCUUCCCGAAAGCCAUCAGCGUCUUCUUCAAGGACCUGAUCAGGGAGUUCGGCGUGGGCUACAGCGACACGGCCUGGAUCUCCUCCAUCCUCCUGGCCAUGCUCUACGGCACAGGUCCCCUGUGCAGCGCGCUGGUGAACCGCUUCGGCUGCCGCCCCGUCAUGAUGGUGGGCGGCCUCUUUGCGUCCCUGGGGAUGAUCCUGGCCUCCUUCUCCACCAGCAUCGUCCACAUCUACCUCUCCACCGGGGUAGUGACAGGUCUGGGCUUGGCCCUGAACUUCCAGCCGUCUCUGAUCAUGCUCAACCGCUACUUCAGCGAAAAGCGUCCUCUGGCCAACGGGCUGGCGGCUGCAGGGAGUCCGGUGGCUCUGAGCGUCCUCUCACCGCUGGGCCCGAUUCUCCAGUACCAGUACGGGUGGAGGGGCGGCUUCCUCAUCCUGGGGGGGAUUCUGCUCAACUGCUGUGUGUGCGGGGCCUUGAUGAAGCCCCUGGUUGCCCCCAAGGCUGUGAAGUGCGAGGACGAGGGCGACAAGGUGAACGGAACAGAGAAGAAGGCCAAGAGCAAACUCCUGGACUUCUCUGUGCUGAAGGACCGGGGCUUCGUGAUCUACACCGUGGCGGCGUCCAUCAUGGUGCUGGGGCUGUUCGUCCCUCCACUCUUUGUCGUGAGUUACGCCAAGGAGCUGGGGAACGAGGACACCAAGUCCGCGCUGCUGCUCACCAUCCUGGGUUUCAUAGACAUAUUCGCGCGGCCCGUGUGUGGGAUUGUUGCGGGGCUGAAACGGGUGCGGCCUCAUUGCGUCUACCUCUUCAGCUUCGCUAUGAUCUUUAAUGGAGUCACGGACCUGGUCGGGUCACAGGCCAAGGACUAUACCUCGCUGGUGGUGUUCUGCAUCUUCUUUGGCGUCUCCUACGGCAUGGUGGGAGCGCUGCAGUUUGAGGUGCUCAUGGCAAUAGUUGGAACGGCUAGGUUCUCCAGUGCCAUCGGCCUGGUCCUGCUCAUGGAGGCCAUUGCGGUGCUUGUGGGUCCACCUGGUGCAGGUCGGCUCCUCGACGCCACCAAGAACUACAUGUACGUCUUCCUGCUGGCGGGAAGCGAGGUGGUCCUGUCCGCUGUGGUCCUGGCUACCUGUAACUUCAUAUUCAUCAGAAAGCGGCCGUCGGCUACGGCAGACCAGCUCCACGACAUCACGGUGACAUUCAGCUCGGACGCGGAGGCCGGCGGCAGGCGCGCCGAGAGUAAUGGCGAAGAAGAGAAAGGAGAGAGAGAGGAGCAGGAGAAGGAGACAAAUAAGAACACGGCCAAGGAGGAGGAGCAGAGAAAUGAGUGUGAGGCGGAGGAGGGAAGGCCGCAGCGUUCAACAGUGGACUCACAGGAAGUAGAGCAGUUUUUGAAAGAGCCACAAGUGAAUGGGGACGUGUCCAUAAGCCCUGAAACGUGUCUGUGAGCACCGACCAAAGAUGAUUCAGGACUCAACGUGCUGAUAAAGUGUUCACUGCCAUAGGAACUAGAAUUAUUACAUGUACUAUAUGUCAGCAAUAUAUUCCCCUUUCUACUGUAAGUGUCAGUUAAUUGUGAGGGCAGUGCUGCCUUCAUACAUGCUGUGAUUGUCAACAAGUCCUGUAAAUGAAUGUCACUAUAGGCUGAAUGUCUGGUCCAGUGUCCCUGUUCAUGUAACACAGGCUUUGUGCUGCCGGGGGCAGAAACGAGCAAUCUAAGACGUUUACAACAACAUCAUGACCUGUCCCUGACUUUGGUCCUUUCUCAGAUCUGUUGACAAUAAAAACAGUGGUGUCAAACGAAUCCUGACAAAAGAAAGGGAAGUUUCAGUUCAACUACAGUAUGAAGAGCUAUGUUUAAGCACAUGCUUCAAAUGUCCAGUGUUAGACGUGUAAUCCCUUUACUACCUGCUGUAAUCAGAACAACGGUCUGUGCUCUGGCAGUGAGAGAUGGAAUCUGUCCAGUCAAUAUUAAAGCUCUAUUAUUAUAA